CUUUACGUCACUAGCGCAUCGCACCUCCCGUCCUGAAUCUCACGGGUGCUUGCUCGUAUUGUGACACAAUAAGGCGACAUUAAAGCAUGUCUACUCCAGCGAGACGACGACUCAUGAGAGAUUUUAAAAGACUUCAAGAAGACCCUCCAACCGGUGUGAGUGGUGCACCUUCAGAAAAUAACAUCAUGCUGUGGAACGCUGUGAUUUUUGGGCCUGUAGGAACUCCAUUUGAAGAUGGAACUUUUAAGCUAGUUAUUGAAUUUUCAGAAGAGUAUCCCAACAAACCUCCUACAGUUCGCUUCAUCUCCAAAAUGUUUCACCCAAAUGUGUAUGCAGAUGGCAGUAUUUGUUUAGACAUUCUGCAGAAUCGCUGGAGUCCCACAUAUGAUGUUUCCUCCAUACUGACGUCCAUACAGUCUCUUUUGGAUGAGCCAAACCCGAACAGCCCAGCAAACAGUCAGGCCGCACAGCUCUAUCAGGAGAACAAACGCGAGUAUGAGAAGAGAGUGUCUGCUAUCGUAGAGCAAAGUUGGGUCGACUCGUAGUCCCACAUCAGCAAACAUCUCUAAGAAGUGCCACCCGUUAAGACAACACUCAAUUCAUAUGAAUAAAACCAACAAUAUUUGUGUGCUUAUUUAUUGUUUUUAGCUGCAUGAUAAGUUAUUGCUAACAGAAUUUGACAUGUAAUAUAGUUGGAUUGAUGCAGUUGAUGUUUUAAAGGAAUGCUGAAUGUUGGCACAAAUGUUGUCAAUAAGCAUCCUCUGAAAACCACCACAUAUGUAUUUGAUAAAACAUCUCAAGGGUUGACGUGUUUGUGCUUCAGAUAGAAUAAGAGGGCAUGUACAUAUAACAUUCUGAAGUUACGGUCAUUUUUCAAAGAAUGUGUGGAUAUCUGGAUGAGAAUUUUAAGGAUUGCAAAGUUAGUGUUUUGAAAGUUAGUUUUUGUGAAUUUGUCUUAUAAGAAUUUAUACUUCUAAUAUGCUGUAUAGAAAAAAAUAAAACACAUUUUUCAUUAAAGAAUGAUAUCAUUUUAAUAUAGAAAAGUACAUACACAGCAUUGCCAAUCCAACUGAUAAACCAGACUAAAAACAAUUAUGCCAAAAGACUGCAAAAAUAGAAACACUUUAAAAGUGUUUAAAAAAUGUUUAAUCUUGCAUACACCAAGGACAAAACAGCACAAGUCAAGGCUUGCCAUUCCCGGGAGGUCAAUUAAAAGUGUGCAGCAGUUCUC